CGUAGUCUGCAUCAUAAAUCUCGCAAAGUUCACCUGGAAACUUCACACAGCUUCAAACCAGCUCCGUACACCGUCGUGUCAAACGCACAAUCCUUUCAACAUGAAAUUCUUGGCUAUCGCUGUUCUCGUACUCGUCGCUUCGGUGUACGCCGAAGACCAGCCAAUGGAAUCGAUGAAGGCUAAGCGUGGCGUACACUUCAGCCUGGGAUACCACCAUGCUCCGGCCGUGGUGUCACACUCGUACGUUGCUCCCGCACCAGUGAUUGCCCAUUCGGCACCGCUCGUAGCUGCACCCGUUGCAUAUCAUGCGCCGAUCGCCAAGACCUACGUUGCCCACGCUCCGAUCGUACAUCAUGCUCCGCUCGUGCAUCAUGCUCCACUUGCUGCUUAUCAUGCUCCGCUCUAUCACAGUGCCGUCUACUCGACUCUGCACCGUCGUUAAAAAUGGGAAUGCCGAACCCGUUGCCACUAGCGACCAACUCUAGCAUUAUGCGUGUGUGCUUCAUUUAGUUGAAUAAAACGAAAAACAAACGAUAAACAUUAUA